AUGACGGUCACUAAAGCAGAAGAGCAUGAUCUGGUGCUGCGCACCUUCAGAGUGUUGAUAGCAGACCUCGUUCAACACUAUGGUGGGGGUCACCCCGGAGGAGCCAUGGGUAUGGCGGCGAUCGGAAUCGCGUUGUGGAAGUACACAAUGCGUUACUCUCCACGCGACCCCAACUAUUUCAACAGAGACCGUUUCGUUCUUUCGAAUGGUCACGCUUGUCUCUUUCAAUACACCUUCCUCCAUUUGGUUGGAUACGAGCACAUGACAAUGGACCAACUCAAAUCAUAUCAUUCCAACGAGCUGGAAUCAUUUUGUCCCGGCCACCCGGAGAUUGAGCACCCGGGGAUCGAAGUGACCACCGGGCCAUUGGGCCAGGGCAUAGCCAACUCUGUGGGGAUGGCUAUUGCGGCCAAGAAUCUUGCAGCCACUUAUAAUAGGCCGGGCUUUGACGUUGUGGAUUCAAGGAUCUACUGUAUGAUUGGAGAUGCUUGUUUGCAAGAGGGAGUAGCGCUGGAGGCAAUUUCUCUGGCAGGCCAUCUCGGUCUGGGCAACCUCACGGUGUUGUACGAUAACAACCAGAUUACGUGUGACGGAAGCGUAGAUAUCACUAACACCGAAGAUAUCAACGCCAAGUUUAGAGCUUGCAAUUGGGAUGUUUUGGAGAUCGAAGACGGGUGCAAUGAUGUUGAUGGAAUCGUCGCUGCUAUCCACGAGGCCAAGACCACAUCCAAGCCCACUCUCAUCAAUAUCCACACCAUUAUCGGAAUUGGUGCCGAUAUUCAGGGAACUGCAGCAGCUCAUGGUGCAGCCUUUGGUACAUCAUCAGUUGAGAAAUUGAAGGAGCACUUUGGAUUUGAUCCCAAGGAGUACUUUGUGGUGUCCCCACAGGUUUACCGCUUCUUCGGCGAUGCUGUUAUCAGAGGUGAAAAGUUGCAACGUGAUUGGUCCGAUUUGGUUGAAUCUUACAAUGCUGCAUACCCUGAACUUGGUGCAGAUUUUGCUCGGAGGGUUAAGGGAGAGCUGCCUUCAGACUGGAAGAAAUACAUUCCUUUGGAGUUCCCCUCCACCCCAACCGCAACACGUAAGUCCAGCGGUUUGGUCGCCAACCCACUGGCCCAGCACAUCAACUCUUUCAUGGUCGGAACUGCGGAUUUGACUCCUUCUGUCAACAUGGCUUACAAAGACAAAGUGGAUUUCCAGAACCCCGAAGUCCGUGUAAGCUGUGGAGCCAACGGCGACUACUCGGGCCGUUACAUCCACUACGGUAUCCGUGAACAUGCCAUGUGUGCGAUUUCGAACGGACUGGCUGCCUAUAACAAGGGAACCUUUAUUCCAAUCACCUCCACCUUCUUCAUGUUCUAUUUGUAUGCAGCUCCAGCUGUCCGCAUGGGUGCCCUGCAAGAGCUGCAGGUCAUCCAUGUUGGUACCCACGACUCCAUCGGAACCGGAGAAGAUGGCCCUACCCACCAGCCAAUUGCAUUGACCAAUUUCUACAGGGCAUUGCCAAAUUUGCUGUAUCUUCGUCCAUGUGAUACCGAGGAGGCUGCUGGUAGUUGGGAGUGUGCUAUCGAGGCCAAGUCCACCUCCUCCAUCAUCUCCUGCUCCAGACAAAAUCUUCCACAAUUUGUGGGCCUUACUGACAGAAACAAGGUCAAGCUGGGAGCUUAUACCCUAUACGGACCCGAUGAUGCUGAUCUCCAGAUCCUUGGUACCGGUGCGGAACUCGGAUUCGGACUCGAGGCUGCCAAACUACUCGAGCAGAGAGGCAUCCGCGUGCGGGUCAUCAGCUUCCCAUGUGUCGAGCUGUUUGAGAGACAGUCCAAAGAGUACAAGGCCUCUAUUCUGAGAAGAGGAAAGGUACCAACCAUCAUCGUUGAGGCGUACGCUGUGAAUGGAUGGGAAAGAUACGCUACUGCCGGUUUUAGUAUGUCCUCCUUCGGCAAGUCAUUGCCUGGCAAGGACGCUUACAAUUUCUUUGGCUUUACUGGUGAGAAGAUUGCUCAUAAGAUUGAAAAAUACUACAAAAGCUUCCAGGAGGAUCAUGAUUCGUUGUGGACUUUCCAGGACUUGAACUGA